CUUCUCCUCAGGGACAUUUUUUAGGUGUAGGUUCCAAACCUGUAAGUGUUAUGACUGCAUGUCGUCAGAAGCUGAGGAGCGGCACUUUUCUGGUUUAACACUGUUCACAAAGUGUCAAUGUCUCCGUCCUGGCCAGAUCUGCCUCCAAGUGAGCUAAACCACUGGUGGAGUCAGCUGAGGUUUCGCCUUCAAAACAAGAAAGGAUGGAACGAGAUGUUGGAUGAGACAUUUCUGCUCUACACCAAACACGUAAAUGACAUUCCUCUCUUCUAUGCGGCUAAAACAAACAGUGUGAGUUGUAUUAAGAAACUGCUGAGCUGUGCAUCCACUAACAUCUUUGAGAGAGGUUCCCUUGGGGAGACGGCCCUUCACGUUGCUGUGAUGAAUGACAACCUGGAAGCUGCCGUGGCUCUGAUGGACGGAGCCCCUGAACUCAUCAAUGAGCCCAUGACCUCUGAGCUUUUCCAAGGUGUUACUCCUCUUCACAUCGCUGUUGUUAAUCAGAACGUCAACCUGGUCCAUCAUCUGAUCAGUCGAGGAGGUGAUGUGGCUACACCUCGAGUCACCGGCCUUUAUUUUAGGAAAAGGAUCGGAGGACUUAUUUACUACGGUGAACACCAUUCUUCUUUUGCUGCAUGUGCUGGGAAUGAGGAUAUUAUCUCCAUGGUGAUCGAUGCAGGAGCCAGCACCAGGGUCCAGGAUUAUCGGGGCAACACGGUGCUUCAUAUUUUGGUUCUGCAGCCCAACAAGACGAUUGCGUGCCAGGCCAUUGACCUGAUUAUGGCACGCGAUGCAGAGAUGGACCAGUCAGUGCCACUUGCAUGUGCCAACUACCGAGGCCUUACACCUUUCAAACUGGCAGCCAAAGAAGCUUUUCAGCACCUAGUUAAUAAAAGGAAGAUCGUACAGUGGCAUCUGGGCCCUUUGACAUCUAACCUGUACGACCUGACAGAGAUUGACUCAUGGGCCGACAACAUGUCAGUGCUGGAGCUUAUUGUGGGAAGCCCCCAGAAAGAAGCGAGAAGGAUCCUGGAGGUGACUCCUGUGAGGCAGCUGGUCAGUCUGAAGUGGAACCUGUACGGAAAACACUACUUCAGGCUGCUGCUGUUACUGUAUCUGCUGUACAUUGGAACCUUCACACUGUGUUGUUCAUAUCGCCCUCUAAAGGAUGCUCCUGAGAACUACACACAGUCAGAAAUGGACAAAACAAUCCGAGUCCAGAAAACACUUGAUGAGAGUUAUGUGACAUAUGAAGACAACCUGCGGCUGGUGGGAGAGAUCAUCAGGUACUGGGAGCCUCUUGUCAUCCUGCUACUGGAGAUCCCUGACAUCCUGAGAGUGGGUGCAAGGCGUUACUUUGGCCAGACAGCACUGGGAGGCCCUUUUCACGUCAUCCUGUAUGUCUACGCCUGCCUGGUGGUGCUGCUGUGUGUGUUCAGAGCUGUGAGCUGGAUGGAGAAGCUGUGCUGAUGGCGGUUGUGUUUAGUUCUCGGAUGGUGCAAUGUUAUGUUCUUCGCCCGAGGUUUUGAGAUGCUCGGCCCUUAUGUCAUAAUGAUACAGAAGAUUAUAUUUGGAGACCUGACAAAGUUCAUGUGGUUGAGUUUCAUUGUGCUCCUUGGUUUUUCCACCUCUCUAUGGAUGGUGUACAUGACCCAGGAGGCAGACGCCAUCCCUUCCUAUCGCUCCUUCCCCAUCACCCUGUUCUCCCAGUUUGAGCUCAGUGUGGGCCUCAUUGAUCUGCCUGUGGACCACACCAUCACCACACCGCCCAUCGUCCACGUGCUGCACUGUGCUUUCUCUGUCGUUUCCUACAUCCUUCUGCUCAAUCUGCUGAUCGCCAUGAUGAGCGACACACACUGGAGGGUGGCCCAGGAGGACGAGCUCUGGAGACUCAGGUGGUGGCCUACAACUCUGAUGCUGGAGAGGAGGCUCCCCCGCUGCCUUGGCCUCGCCCUUGGGGUCUGCGGUCAGAGCUAUGGUCUGAGGGAGCGCUGGUAUCUCCGUGUCGAGGACAGAAACGACCCCAUGAUGCAAAAGAUGCGGCGUUACGUCAAGGCUUUCUCCAAAGAUGACGAAAAAGAAAAGGAGGGUUUGGAGAAGUCUGACUCGAUGAAGGGCUCGAGCGCAGGAACCCCCAGACUUAGACCCAAAACAGAGGAUAGAAGGGGGAGGCCUCUGUCCGGGUGGCAGAUCAUUCGCCACAGCGCUUUAGGUCUGGAUAUGGAUCAGUACGAGCUGGACGAGGACCCCGACAUUAAAUUUGUCUAG